GGAAGGGGAAAAAAGAAGGGAAGAGGAGGGCAAAGAGAACGGAGAGAAGGGGAGGCCUGCGUGCUGCUGGUCCAGGCCCAAGACCCUUCGCAGAACUACCUGGACGGGGGAACAGACAAUGGUCCGGCGCAAUUCAACUUUUCGUACGAAGUGAGGCAGCCGGCGUUCGGGAACUCCUUCGGCCACACCUCGCAACGGGACGGAGGGCGCGAGGACGGCAGCUACUUCGUGGUUCUUCCGGAUCGAAGGCUGAUGACGGUCCGGUACUACGCCGACGCCUCGGGCUUUCAUCCGACGAUCUCGUACACGCCCAUCCAGAUGACGGGGAUGUUCCAGAACUUCCUUUUCGGCGCUAAUGCCAAGCGGGGGAGGCAGAUCGCGGGUUCCUUCGGAAAUGGGAACUCAGGUGCUGGUUCCUUCGGGAAUGGGAACUCAGGCGCGGGUUCCUUCGGAAAUGGGAACUCAGGCGCGGGUUCCUUAGGCAACGGGAAGUCGGCUUCUGGAUCCUUCGGUAAUGGGAACUUCGGCAACGGGAACUCAGCCGCAGGUUCCUUCGGGAAUGGGAACUUCGGCAACGGGAACUCGGCUGCGGGGUCCUACAGGAAUGGAAACUCGGCUGCAGGUUCCUUCGGCAACGGGAACUCAGGCGCGGGCUCCUUCGGGAAUGGGAACUCAGGCGCGGGCUCCUUCGGGAAUGGGAACUCAGGCGCGGGUUCCUUCGGGAAUGGGAACUUCGGCAACGGGAACUCAGGCGCGGGCUCCUUCGGGAAUGGGAACUCAGGCGCGGGUUCCUUCGGGAAUGGGAACUUCGGCAACGGGAACUCGGCUGCGGGGUCCUACAGGAAUGGAAACUCGGCUGCAGGUUCCUUCGGCAACGGGAACUCAGGCGCGGGCUCCUUCGGCAACGGGAACUCAGGCGCGGGCUCCUUCGGGAAUGGGAACUCCGGCAACGGAAACUCGGCUGCGGGGUCCUACAGGAAUGGAAACUCGGCUGCAGGUUCCUUCGGCAACGGGAACUCAGGCGCGGGUUCCUUCGGGAAUCGAAACCCGGCGGUGACCCAAGCCCCCGCCCCUCUGCCGCCCCUCAUUGCUGCGCUGACGACCGCCUCGCCUGCGACUGCUCCGAGACCGACCCCGCGCCCACAGACCACGCCUUCCGUACCGAGGCAACCCACAACCAGGUUCAGACCCGCCGUUGCUGUGACGACGCCCCGCCCGAUCAUUACCACCGCCGGCAACCCCUCCGGCAACUACCUCCCUCCUCCUCGAGGCUCCCCCUCCACCCCUUUCCUCGGUCUCGCGUCCUCGCCUCGCCCCGCUGUCGUACCGGCGCCAACCACCCCGAGGACGACCACUCCUCCAAGCUCCAGCUCCCCGACGAGGCCCAGAGGCGGACGACCCUUCACCUUUGGCAACGGGGGCGCCGGCACGACUUCGGGAACGACUUCGACAGCGGGCGUCGGCGGCGUGACGUCUCCUUCGGGAACAUACCUGCCUCCCUCGAUUACUGACGACAUUCACGGGAAUUUCGGAGGCAGAAUAACUCCCAAGAGAAGCAGAAACAACGGGAAUAACGGCAAUAACGGUAACAACGGCAGCGUUGGUGGCAGGAAUGGCAACGGGAAUGGCAACACUGGGAAUGCUGUUAACGGAAAUAACAUCGCCAUCAACAGUGCUGAUGUGAACAGUGGGGCCAACGGAAACAGGAACACCAACAACGCCAUUAACAGAAACAACGGAAAUAAACAAACCGUUAACAACGGGUUUAGCAACGGCUUCGACAGAAUUCUCAACAGGAACAACGGGAAUACCAAUAACGGAUUAAAUAAUAUCAUCGGAAAUAACAGAAAGAUUCCUAACGACAACAUUGCGUCUAACAGUAAUGGUAUCGUAAACAAAAUUAAUGUUAACAAUAUCAACAGUAUAACAAACACGGACACCUUAAAGAACCCGAAUAACAGAAAUUCGAACGGAAAUAACAACAGAAAUGUAAACGGGAAUAGCAACGGAAAUGUAAACAGUCCUACUGCAAACGCAAAUAGCAACAGUAACGGAGGAACAAACGGAAACGAGAGUAACAGAAAUAACGGAAAUGGAGAUUCAAACAGAAAUAACAACAGGAACAGCAAUAUUAACGGAGACAACAUAAACGCCAACAAUAAUCCUAACAGGAACAACGGAAGCAAUAACAAGAACGGAAACGCAAACAACGGCAACAAUAACGGAAAUAACGGUAAUGGAGCAACGGGUCCUGGAAACACCAACGGAAUUAACGCAGUUAACAGCAUCAACGGUAAUAAUAAUCUCAACAGAAUCAACGGGAAUAAUAUGUACGGUAAUUCGAACAGUAAUACGAACGGAAACAACGGGAAUGGAAACAUAAACAACAGAAAUAAUGUAAACGGAGGAACGGGAAAUUUCAUUGGUAACAACGGCAUUGUCAACAACCUUGGCGGAGGCAACAGGAAUAACGUACAAAACGGCUACCUGGCACCGUCACAAACCGGAAAUGACGUCACACAGGGGAGAGAAAUUUCGGAAAACGACAUUCUCUCCAACAACGGAUUUUCCUUCUUCGAAUUCAUGAAGAUCAAACCCAAGACCACGGCCGCACCGACAGCGACUGCCAGAACGACCGCAGCCUCUCUCAGAACGACUAAUGCUCCAGUGGCGUUCACCUCCCCUCGCAUCACGACGAGGCCCCCAACUACGACCCUAACCACUACAACUACAGCAACUACCACACAAAUACCUAUUACGAGACCUACUACCACAACCACUACGACAACUACGACACAGAGACCGUUUAAUAGACCUCCAACCACUACGACUACAACUACCACGACACAAAAACCGUUUACUAGAUUAACCACUACAGCUAGAACUACCACUACACGGAGACCAGGAUUUCGGUUCCCCACAGGAAGACCUUCACAGGCAUCUACUACUGCCUCGCCUGGCUUUCGGUUCACUACCGUUAAAACACCAGUGAUACAGUUCUCUACAACGAAAUCUAGAGGCUUUAGGUUCCCAACGACCAGGGCCACGACGCGAAGAAUAAUACGCAACAGAUUAACUACGCAGCCUACAACGAAACCUCAGCGAACAACAAAUGCGUUCUUCAUUGAUAGUUCGACGGCCACUACUUCGUCCCCAAGCCAGGCCCAGGCGAUUCCUGAAGGUCGCCGAUCGUCAUCGGGAAAUAGCCUUGCCGGUUCGACCACUGCGUCUCCGGUAGCUACGACUACAGAGCACGAAUACGACCGUGAAGCUGGGCCGGCCUACAUCCCAGUCCCAGCUCUUACGUCCUUAGUGGUCGACGCACCGUUGCCAGGAGGGAAUUCCGUGGGCCUGUCCCUCCCUUCGCAGACUACUUCAACUUCUGCCACUCCUGCCACGCCUGCUGUGGCGCCCACGACGCUCAGGCCGUCACCAGUGCCAGUCGUUACCACAGACGCGGCAUUCUUCAGAUUAUUUGGGAUAAAUAUGCUCUUAUUUAUUAUUGAUUCUAUCAGUGUUCGUGCUACCAUGAAAUUUACGUUGAUGAAAUAUGUUGACGCAGGAAAAACAAAUGAAGGAAAUGUAGACAAGCAGUCUGUACUCUAA